GGGAGUUCUUCCGAGCGAUGCUCCAUCGAAUCUGACAUCAGACUCAUCGUCCUUCAGAGACCAAUCUUCAGUGAGCCACGCCUACAGCGUUUCUGUAGGCCAAUCCCACGUACGAAAUUGCAGCGAGCUCUCCGAUCACUUCUUUCUUUCUUUCUUUUUUUUUUUUUUUCCUUUUUAAACCACGCUGAACAUGGCAGGAACUACUCCUCCGCUCGUUCAUCCCGAUGCACUUCCGUGAAAGUCAUUCGUUUAGCCCCCUGACCAUUUUCAUUGACGCCGGCCGACUGAUAAUCCCGUCGUCUUCUAUUUGCGAUCGGCCGGAGAAUCGUACCAUUGUCGGAAGUGCCUGUUUUGGAUCAUGACACAAACUCUGUGAUACAGUGGAGUGCGCUCUCGUGCCCGUGAUUUAUUUGGAUUGCGAUUUUGAGUGAAGCAUUGUUGGAAAAUGUCGUAGUCGUCAAAAGUGCAAGAGAGAGAGAGAGAGAGACAGAGAGAGAGAGAGAGGGGCUGACAGGGUAACUAAUAUCUCGCGCGAGAGUCAGUUCAAAGGGAAGAGACGAAAAUGAACGAAGUGAAAACCCGCGUUGUGGAUGGUACAAAUUGUUCGAAGGCACUGAAGUUCGGUGUGGAGCGUAUAUUGUCGGACGAAAUCUCCUCGAAGAGAACAGAUAUAUUUAGGCUACUUCCAGUGCAAUUUUCUACGGUGCGAUGCCCUUGUCCGGGAGGUUGCGUCAGGUGCGAGGCCCUUCGAAUUUACCCUCCGUUCUCUUACGUUCAAACGACCAUCUCUGGUGGAAGUUAUGCGAGCAUCAAUCACGGAAACGGAGUGGUCGAAAAUUAUACAAAUAUUUAUCGACCUGCUCCGCUUCGACCUGUUCCCAGAGUUCCAAUGUCGUCCGCCUCGACACCGAGCAACCAAUCGGAGACCAAUACCAGAAGGAAGAGAUCGUGGUCGAGGGCCGUGUUCAGUUCUCUGCAACGGAAGGGAUUGGAGCGACGAUUCUCUCUGCAAAAGUACAUCACGAAACCGGAUAGGCGGCAACUCGCUGCCACUCUAGGCUUGACCGACGCACAAGUGAAAGUCUGGUUUCAAAAUCGGCGAAUGAAGUGGCGACACACGAAGGAGAGCGAGAGCGCUGUCCUGUCGAAUCCCGACGCCCAGAAGGAAUCGGCGAAAAAGUUGACGAAGGACAACGCGAAGAACGCGACGACUGAAAAGACUGUUUCGGAGGACGAGGAGGACAUUGAGAUCGAAGUUGACGUGUGAAUUUAAAAAAUAUAUAUUUAUGACGUUCGGAUGCUAGUUUGUAAUC